AUGUGUGAAGAUCUAAUGCGAGAACAACAAUCCAUUCAUGUUGCAUUUUACAAGUUGGAUGAUAAAGGUAAGCAUGACUAUAGGGUUCGCUUAAAUGCUUCAAUUGAUGUGGCACAACUUUGCCUAAAUCAAGGUUUGACACUUCGCGAUCAUGAUGAGAGUGAAUCAUCAUUGAACAAAGGUAAUUUUCUUGAAGUUCUUUCAUGGUACGCGGAUAGAUGUGAUGAAAUUCAACCUUAUGUGUUAGGAAAAGCUCCAAAAAAUAAUAAAAUGACUUCUCAUGAUAUCCAGAAAGAUAUUGUGAGUGCUUGUAAGAUCGAAACAAUUAAGGCUAUACUAGAGGACUUAAAUGGUGACUACUUUGCUCUAUUGAUUGAUGAAUCUAGAGAUGUGUCACGUGGAGAGCAAAUGGUUAUUUGUUUACGAUAUAUUGAUAAAAGGGGAUUUGUGAUGGAGGCAUUUAUUAGACUUGUUCAUGUUAAAGAUACUAGUGCUUUAUCUCUGAAGAAAGCAAUUGUGGAUGUACUCGCUCACCAUUCUUUAACUUUAUCUUAUGUACGGGGGCAAUGUUAUGAUGGGGCAAGCAAUAUGCAAUGUGAGCUAGGUGGUCUUAAAACGUUGAUCAAACAAGAAAGUAGAUCGGCUCAUUCCAUUCAUUGUUUUGCUCAUCAACUUCAACUAACCCUUGUUGCGGUUUCUAAAAAGUGUGUUCAAGUAGGAGAACUUGUACUCUUAGUUUCAAUGUUUGAAUGUCUUGGGAGCUUCUUUUAA